AUGACCCAACCUACAUCGCAAGAAUCGACACUCACCAUGUUUGAGCUACUAAAGCCCGCUGUUGGCGAUGCUGGUGCUUCCAGAAUCGGUCGUCUGGUAUUCGCUGGUGGGCGAAGGACGAUGCAGACGCCAAACUUCAUCGCCGUUGCUUCUCGAGGAGUAGUUCCUCACUUGACACCAGACAAUGUCGCCAAACACACGAAGUUCGAUGCAGCAUACAUGGCAAUUGAGGACUUUCUUGAAAAGACACAGCCUCCUAUUCUUCAGCUACCCCCCGGAACACCGAGGAAUCUCCAAAGCUUCACAGCUUUCCCAUCAGAUCGAGCACUAAUCCUCGGCCCAAGGCGAUUCCCAGCUGUGACAACUCCCGUUGGAAAUGGUGCUCAUCACGUCAGCAUCUUCACCUCUACUGGCUUCCGCAAUCUUACAGUACCUGAAUUCGCAAAGACCAUUGAACUCACUCAACCAGAUAUUGCCAUCCCUCCAGCGGAUCUAUUCCACACCAGCACUACUCCCACAUCCAAGCGCCAGGUUCGCAUGGUAGAGCGGACUGAGGAAUGGGUGGACGAGUUCUUCCAUCUUCUAGACCCUCGGGGCCGUCUAAAAGAGAUGGGCGUCUCUGUCUUUGCUCCAGUUCUCCCUGUCGAGUACCCUAUACAGUGGGACUACUUGCGAUAUCUCGCAGAAGACGUGCGAGAGUCCCUCUCUGGUCUUGCUGUAUAUGACGUUAAUCUAGUUCCCGAACUGGUCAACUAUCCUUCCCUCGAAGCUCUGCCGCGGUUAUCUUUUGGGCCAUCUAAGAGCCCCCAGGAUCUCCUACGUCAGAUCGCUCUUGGUAUCGAUAUAUGCACGGUACCAUUCACCAACACUGCAUCUGAUGCGGGCAUUGCCCUAUCAUUUAACUUCCCACCCCCUGAGACCUCCGACGUGCAGCCACUGGGUGUCGACAUGUGGUCCGAGGAGCAUAUAGCAUCCCUGCAGCCCCUAGUGGAAGGUUGUCAAUGCUACGCCUGCACCAAGCAUCACAGAGCAUUCAUCAAGCAUCUACUGAACGCCAAGGAGAUGCUGGGCUGGAACCUCCUUCAAAUACACAAUCAUGCAAUCCUCAGUGCUUUCUUUGCUGGAAUUCGCACAGCUCUGAGUGAAAGCACCGAGAAGUUUGAAGAGCUUCACAAGAAGUUCCUGGCGAUCUACGAACCAGAGAUCCCUAUUGGUACCGGUGUUAGACCCCGAGCCCGGGGUUACCAUUUCAAGAGUAUCGCUGGCCAGACCAAGAUCAACGAGCCUAGUUGGCAAGCAUUUGAUUCGGUCGAUGUCAGUCCCCACCCCGAGGCCAUUGCAGAACCUCUUGCAGCUGUCGAUGGUACAUUGCCUAUCAAUGGGGUUGCAUCGAGCCUAGAAAAGUGA